GUCCGGCCCGCAGCCCGCAAAGGAGGUGAAGAUCCUUCUUGGACUCAAAGACGGUCAAGUCAUGGCGAGCCAAACCGGAGCGAAAGCCUUACCUGAGUCAGCACCGGCCAACAAGAAGGAGAUCGGCAAGGGCGUCUCCUUUGGCGACCUUGGUCUGCCCGUCCCUCCCGUGAGCAUCUCUCUGGACAAGAUUGACCGGGAGCUCAACGGUCUGCUGAAAGAGAAUCGAAAAGAUGCCGAGCGGACGCAGCGCAGGGCCCAGAAGGCCCGGGAGUACCUCAUAGGUGGCGAUGCUUCAGCCAUCAAAAGGGGGACGGCCUACAUGAGCGGCACGAUGGGCUACUCCGAAUACCUUGUGGAGGUCUUCCCGGGCAUACUGCGCUGGUCAGUCAGUGGGACCAGAAGAAUCGACUGACUGCCUGUCUCUCUCUGUGUGUGCGUGUAUGCUGUGUGUGUCUCGGCAUUUCAGGACUUAUCCGGGUGGUUCGCCCAGUGAGCUGGUCUUGUCGGAGAGCUCUGUGUACAUGGACAUGGAGCAGACGCCAUCAGGUGGCUACUGGCAAUGGAAAGUCUUCUCAACGGUCCACAUACUCACAUUUGCAAGUGAGACGUGCCGGUCGGUCAGCGGGCCAUUCGUCCAUCCAGGUGACUCUUGCUGCUUGUGCAUGCUGUUGUGUGCGUGCAGGCAAGAGCAAGGGUGAGGCAGAGGACUGGUGCGAGUCCUUCGUCAAGGGCGCCAACUGGCGAUACCACCCCAUGCUCAAAGACCCCGCCGUCAGGCUGAAAGGUGAAUGCCGCAAUCGAUUCUCCUCGACAUCGACACAUCUGCCGUCUCUCUCUGUCUGUCUGUCUGUCUGUCUGUCUGUCAGUCAGGCAUCCUGGUGCUGGAGAUCCACUCUGCGUGCGACCUGAUGGCAAGUGACUUCAUGGGAGCCUCUGACCCUUAUGUCACGGUUUACAUGCCUGGCCCUGUGGUGUGGCGGGGGCGCACCAUCUACCAGACCCUCGAUCCCGUGUGGAAGGAGACGGUCACUUUGCCCGUCGUCCAUGACGACCCCGAUGACGAAAUUAGGCUCGUUGUGCGGUGAGCGAGUGAGUAAAGAUGCGUGGAAGACAGGCAGGAGAUGAGAAGUCGUUGCUGUUGGUGUGUGUUUGAUUCGAGUAGAGAUGAGGAUGAGUUGAGUGCGCAUGACUUCCUGGGUCAGACCGUGCUCACCCUGUCGUCCUUUGAGAACCAAGUAGAGUACAUCAUGGAGCUGGAACUUUACCCUGAGAACUACACUGUAACAAGCAGGAGAGGAAAAUGACAUGGGAGUCGACCUAUGUGUGUAUGCGUGUGUGUAUGUCUAUGUGUGUGUGUGGUGACCAGCCGGACGGCAAGAUGGCUGAAGGCAUCCUGCGCGUUCGUAUGCUGUACUUCACCCAUCCACUUGGCAAAUUCUGGCCUGUCGACCCGCUGCCACUGCGUAUGAAGCACCAGAUGACUCACUCGCAUGGCGGAGAUCUUUUUCCUUUUGUUUGUUUGUUGGCUCAGCUGAUGAUGCGACAUUGGACAUCAACAUCUUCAAGCUGCAGAUCCGCCGCAUCACGCACAUGCUGGAGGGCGUCCAGCUGCUCUGCGGCAUCCUCAACGACAUACUCAACUUCGAAAACCCUACCGUCUCAUGGCAAGACAGCGAGACACAGAGGAAAGAGGAUGUCUGUUUAUGUGUGUGUGUGUAUCUGGCAGGUCUGUUUGGCUGUUUCUGUCUUUCUGGCUGCUGGCGUUCCCUUCGCUGACCUUUGCCAUCGCCCUCGGCCUGGCGCCUUUCGGCCUGCUUAACUGCCACCCGGCGUACAAGGACGUGUUCGGGUGGCUCAUCGGGGAAGAGAUUAACCUGCCCACCCUCAACAAAUGGCGAGAACACAACAAGAAAGUCCUACUCGAACGCAAAGCCACAAUGCGUAAGCGCACGACACGGGAGGGAUUAUAUAUGUGGGAGUGCUAUAUAUGAGAGUCGUCAGUCAUUGUGCGUUGGCAUACAUAUGUAUGUGCGUGUGCAGGGAUCGAGUACGAGGGCCAGAGGACGGAGGAGGACCUCACCGUCAAGGACGGGGAGGUGUUUUCGUUUUCGGAGAAGAGGAAGUACACCAAGAGGGUGCACGAGAACGAGAGGCAGGCCUUCAUGGGCACAUACAGCCCCGCAAACCUCAGAUCGACUGAACGUGGCAAAUGGUCGCUCUGUAUUGCCACAUCGCCCGCCACACGUAUCUCUGUGAGUUGCGCCACGGGUGCCUGUCUGAUGCAGGUCGACGCCCGACGGCACGACCCGCCCUGUGCCCCUCACUGUGGAAGACGGCAUUGAAUACGACUGGGAGGUAGGUCAGCCAGAAUCAAUCGGCCAGCUGAUAGCCUUUUCUCUCGUCCAUGUCGGCAUGUACGCGCAUUUGCAAACGCAGCUGGAGCUUCAUCCUGGCGUCGACAUUGAAGGCUGGUGGUGAGGGGGGGAGUGGAGUGCUCACCGGUCAUUCAGUUCAGUGAAUGGACGUAUAUAUGUACCUGUCUGUCUCUGUCUGUCUGCCUGCGUCCAGCUACGCAUACGACUGGGAUUCUGCCAGUUGGUCUCGCGAGGACGAGGGCAUGAAGCACUGGGUCAGGCGGAGAACGUGGAUCGGACUCCCUAUCGGAAGAGCCGAAUCGGUCGGUCGCUUAGUCAAAUGUGAAACGCAUUGCAACACAUGGACAGAGAAACACGUGUGUAUGUCAUUGUCUGGGACAUGCAGGCCGUCAAGUUUUCCUCCUUGGAGGAGCGUGCCGAGGCGGAGAAGAAGUUCGCCGAGGAGCGGAGGAAGCGCAAGGAGGAGGAGGAGGCCAAGAAAAAGGCCAACGAAAAGAGCCUCUUCCAGCUUUACUUGUGAGCAAGGCAAGCAGCUAAGCUCAUUGAUUGGCGACGGUGCACACACAUCGUGGAUGUACGGCUGGCUGCAUUCAGUGAGAUCCAGAGGGAGGGCGCGAAGCUGCAGCACACCGUCCACCAGAUGGUGUGCCUCGUCGAGAAAAUCGCGAAUCUCCUCUCGUGGCGCCUCCAGUGGUGAGACACGGAAACACGAGACACACAAUCCAUUCGUCCGUCACAGAAUGUCGUUCGUGGUCACGAUCAGGGCCACCUCUCUGGUGUAUUGGUGUCUGGUGCUUGUGGUUGUCCUCAUGUAUUUCCUCGACCCCAAAUACAUAUUCUGGGCAGGUCAGCCGACCAAGUAGUCAGUCAACAGCUCUCACGCGCCGCGCCGGUCUUGUCCCUUGACUGAUUGACCAGAAGUGACUGCGCUGUUCGUCGGCAAGUACCUGGAUCGCGUGUAGGCUGAGACAUGCACCAUGCACACAGAGGCAGGCCAGCUGUGGAUUGGGGCAUCUCAUCAUAUCAGGACGAAGAUGCGUCAGGUGCAGAAGCUGAUCAGGACAGUCAAGCUGAAGCUCAGCGAAUACGACCCGCGCACCACUCUUCUCAAGGUGAGCGGUGUGCGAUGCGCGUGUCUCUAUGUAUGUGUCUUUGUGCGAGUGAGUCUGCAGCCAGUCCGGGGCCGUAAGAACAAGUGCAUGCUGGACUACACGUGGCCCGAGAAGAUAUCGAUGAAAAGCCUCUUCGUCUACAUGGACGCAGCCACCAUGAGCGCAUUCCUCGCCGACAAGAUGGACAUGGAAGUGGAGGCCAAGGACAUACAAGUCAGUCUGUCUACCUGUCAGUCACCGACCCCACCAUCCACCACUCACUCUGCCUUUCCGUGUUCCUACAGGCGUGUGACAGCUUGUGGCACUUGAUGCUGCUGAUACUGUCCCACGAGGGCAUGCAGUGGGCGGCCAAGAAAGCCGCCGCAGAGGCCGCUGCGGCAGAGGAGAAGCCUGGAGUCCCGGAGGCGUUCGGGGUGAGUGCAGGAAGGGCAAUUGAUGGAUGCGCCGUCGCUCACUGUGUCUCUUUUCUUGUGUGCGCGUCUCACAGUUCCACAACUUCAUUCUUCACCUUCCGUCUGACUGGGAGAUCUUUUGCCCCGCGUGUGUGUUCAGAGACAGGAAGAUCGCAGAUGGAUGAUGAGAAAAGGAAGGUAGGUGAGUGACGCAAGCAGGGGAAGGCUAGCCGUGGUGUACGUACAUGGAGAGCAGCCAGAGACCGACGCUAGCAGCUGGGGGCAGAUAGCUAAGAUGUCUGUCUGCUGUCUGUCUGUCUCAUCUACCCGUAAAUGUGUAUGAUAG